AUGCAAGAUUUCCUGCCCUCAUACCAGCUCCACCGCUAUCUGAAUAGACACCUGGACGAGAUCAUUAACGAUCACAAGCUUGAUUCUCCACCGGAUUACUCUGAGGUCGCAAAUGAGGCCGGCGGAAGACCGAGAAUGUCAUUUGAGGUUCGUGAGGAACCUCAAGACGGAAGGGCCUCUUUGGUUUCGGACCAGCAGAACUCUGUGUGGAGGAAGAUUGACAAACUAAGGUACAUGGAUCAAAGUUCUGUGUACAUUGAUAUUCAAUUGGAUGACUUCACGAAUGUUCAUUAUGCUCCAGUCACUAGCGGAGACAUUGUGAAAGGAACGGUGAAAGUCCACAAUAUCGGACCCUAUCCAAUCCCCUUUGACAACAUCUUUGUUAGUUUUGAAGGGUAUUUUUGGGCUUUGAAGUCAUCCUCCAAAAUGCUUAUCCAUAACUUCCUGGACAUGAUAGAUUUUGAAGCCAGCUGUUUAUGCGAGGAUCCUGAUGCAGGGCUGCCGCCAGACCGUGUUUUAAGACCAAACAGCUUUUAUAUGGUCCGCUUCAAAUUCCAAAUUCCGGAAACGUCCAAAUCGGGGCUUCCUCUGCCUCCAAACAUGGGAGAUUUGCAUCUCAGACACAAGAUUCACUCUCAGAUCCAAGACUCGUUAUUUAUGCGUGAAAACUGCUUUGGUGGAGAUUAUAGCUGCGACAGUUUUAGCAUCAGCUACUCCGUCAAUGCCAGAUUGCUUGAACUCAGUGAGACCAAGGAUGAGCUCGUAAUCAGACGACACAGCAGACACAUGGUUGCAUUCACGCCCAAGUUGCAAGCAGACGACGCUUUAAGGUUGCUCGACCCCGUCGAUGAACUACGCUUGCUUGUUAACUCGCUAGAAGACGAGAUCAGAACUUUGCAAAUCAAAAGUGAGCCGCCGCCUGGGGCGAAAGCUGAAGAAACGCCCGCGUACUCGUUCCGAGUAUCACAAGAGCGUGAGGUUUUCCGACUUCAGCUGAAAAACAAGCCUGGCAUGUUUAUCGACAAAUGUCUAGAUUACUCGCUAAGUUCGGGCCACCUGCAGACGAAACGGAGCAUUACCAUUGCCUUUAAAGAAGAAAUGAAAAUCAGCUCGAUCGACCUGUAUGCCGUCAACUACUACAGCCAGCACAAAUUACCCGUCCAUAUUCCUUCUGAGUGGUUUAUUAACCACGUUCCUUUUGAGACGGCUAUUAGGCCCAAGUUCAAAGAGCUGGAGACAAGUUUGGAGAGUUGCGGCAAUGAAGACUCAUUGGAGCUUGUGAAAAGUUUAAGCACGUUCAAAUUCACGGCAAACAAGAUGCCAAAGGUGAUUCAAUACAAGAAAAAGGGCCCGGCCUCGUAUGAGAUCAUCCUAACUAAGCCAAAAAAGGAUAUCGUCAUUCCGUCCUUUGACUUCAUGUUUUGUGGACGCUUCUAUUUCCUGCGCUUCCACGUGAAGCUGCCGCGCGAUGUGCUGUAUCAAGGCGAGUCAAAGUUGGCUUUCGACGUUCCAGUCUCGAUCCAUUGA